GCUGUUUAACUUGAGUUGUUUGGGCUGAGAGGAGAGAGCUUUCAGUUGAUGUUGCUUCUCCUUGGCCGCAGGGUUCCGCUGUCACUCUACAGACUCACUACCGGCUGUCUUGCAUCCUCACUGCCGAGCUCCGUUCUGAUCAGCUCUGCACUCAUAAAACUCACAGCGAUAACAAGAGUUACACACAGCACCGUCUUCGUUAGCGGCCAAAAUACAGGAACCAUGCCCGAAAGGAGGCCCUUCGUGCGGUUACCAGCUGACGUUUACCCCGUCAACUAUGGCUUGUGUCUGAAGCCGGACCUGAUCGACUUCACCUUUGAAGGGAAACUGGAGGCGGUGGUGGAGGUCACACAAGCCACAAAUCAGAUAGUGAUGAACUGCGCUGACAUCGACAUCAUUACAGCUUCCUUUGCACCGCAGGGAGGAGAAGAAAUUAAUGCAACCGGAUUCAACUAUCAAAAUGAGGAUGAGAAAGUCACCCUGUCAUUCCCUAGCGCUUUACAGAAAGGCGCCGGCACCUUGAAGGUAGACUUUGUCGGGGAGCUGAACGACAAAAUGAAGGGAUUCUAUAGAAGUAAAUAUUCAAACCCUGCUGGAGAGAGCCGCUACGCUGCCGUCACACAGUUUGAGGCCACUGACGCUCGCAGAGCUUUCCCCUGUUGGGAUGAACCCGCCAUCAAAGCCACCUUUGACAUCACUCUGAUCGUUCCCAAGGACCGAGUAGCCUUGUCAAAUAUGAAUGUCACUGAGCGAAAUCCAUAUCUAGAGGAUGAGAACCUGGUGGAGGUGAAGUUUGCCACCACGCCCAUCAUGUCUACGUACCUUGUAGCUUUUGUCAUCGGUGAAUAUGAUUUUGUGGAGGCCCAGUCAUCGGACGGCAUCACGGUACGCGUCUACACGCCUGUCGGGAAGUCAGAACAAGGGAAGUUUGCGCUGGAGGUUGCUACUAAGACCUUACCUUUCUACAAUGACUACUUCAAUGUUCCUUAUCCACUGCCUAAAAUCGAUCUAAUAGCUAUUGCUGAUUUUGCUGCUGGUGCCAUGGAGAACUGGGGCCUUGUGACCUACAGGGAGACGGCUCUGCUGAUCGACCCCAAGAACUCCUGCUCGUCCUCCAGGCAGUGGGUGGCGCUGGUGGUCGGUCACGAGCUCGCUCACCAGUGGUUCGGAAACUUGGUCACCAUGGAAUGGUGGACCCAUCUGUGGCUCAACGAGGGCUUUGCGUCUUGGAUCGAGUAUCUGUGCGUGGACCACUGCUUCCCAGAGUACGACAUCUGGACCCAGUUUGUCUCCGCAGACUACACCCGCGCCCUGGACCUGGACGCUCUGGACAGCAGCCAUCCCAUCGAGGUGAACGUGGGCCACCCGUCAGAGGUGGAUGAAAUCUUCGACGCCAUCUCCUACAGCAAAGGAGCGUCUGUGAUCCGCAUGCUGCACGACUACACAGGAGACGAGGACUUUAGGAAAGGAAUGAACGCCUACCUGUUGAAGUUCCAACAUAAAAAUGCUUGCACAGAGGACCUAUGGGACUGUCUGGAACAGGCCAGUGGAAAACCCAUCGCUGAAGUCAUGAGCUCGUGGACCAAGCAGAUGGGCUUCCCCAUUAUAGAAGUGGAAGAGGAGCAGCAAGGAGACGACCGCAUUGUGAAGUUAUCUCAGAAGAAGUUCUGUGCCAGUGGACCACACAGCGGUGAGGAUUGCCCCAGCUGGAUGGUCCCCAUCAGUAUUUGUACCAGCGAGGACCCAACAUGCUCCAAGCUGAAGGUUCUGCUGGACAGAGCCGAGACGACCAUCACUCUGAGCGGCGUCCCCACCGAGCAGUGGAUCAAGAUAAACCCCGGCACCGUGGGCUUCUACCGGAUCCAGUACAGCGCGUCCAUGCUGGAGAGGCUGCUGCCCGGAGUCAGAGACCUCAGCCUGCAGCCGGUGGACCGCCUGGGCCUGCAGAACGACCUCUUCUCCCUGUCUCGUGCGGGGAUGAUCAGCACGGUGCAGGUUCUGACGCUGAUGGAGGCGUUUGUGAACGAGCCGAACUACACGGUGUGGAGCGACCUCAGCUGCAACCUGGGCGUUCUGUCCUCGCUGCUGUCGCACACCGACUUCCACGAGGACAUCCAGGAGUUCAUCAGAGACCUCUUCACCCCCAUCGGCCUGGAGCUGGGCUGGGACUGCAAGCCAGGGGAAGGCCACCUGGACGCCCUGCUGAGGAGUCUGGUUCUGGGCAAGCUGGGGAAGGCGGGACACAAACCCACUCUGGAGGAGGCGCGGCGGAGAUUCAGAGACCAUGUGGAGGGGAAGCAGGUCCUGCCUGCAGACCUGAGGAGCCCGGUGUAUUUAACAGUGCUGAAGCAUGGAGACAGUGCCACGUUGGAAACAAUGAUGAAGCUCCACAAACUGGCAGACAUGCAGGAGGAGAGGAACCGCAUCGAGCGAGUGCUGGGAGCCAUCUCUGCCCCCGACCUCAUCCAGAAAGUCCUCACCUUCGCCCUCUCGGAAGAGGUCCGUCCCCAGGACACAGUGUUAGUGAUCGGAGGCGUCGCUGACAGCAGUAAACAAGGCCGUAAAGCUGCCUGGAAGUUUGUGAAGGACAACUGGGAGGAGCUCUACAACCGCUACCAGGGCGGCUUCCUCAUAUCACGGCUCAUCAAGCUCACAGUUAAUGGAUUUGCUAUCGACAAAAUGGCUGCUGAAAUAAAGAGUUUCUUUGAGAGCCACCCGGCGCCCUCGGCGGAGCGCACGGUGGAGCAGUGCUGCGAGAACAUCCUGCUGAACGCCGCCUGGCUGAAGCGCGACGCAGACGACAUCUCUCAGUAUCUACUGAAGCGCAAAGGUCCCCCCACCGGCUGAGCCCCCGCCCCCCCCCUUCAGCGUGGACCUCCCAGCAUCUUCGCUGUCCCCCCUCCCUUCCCCAACUACAGACCAGAGCGUACGCACAGCAGGCUUAAUUUCUCUAAAGAAACUGUAUGAAAACAAGAAGGCAAAGCCAGGAAUUGAACACGGCGAUGGAAACACAGAGAGACUCUUUCUACGUUAACCGCAAACUCAUUUUAGUCAGGACAGGAAUGUAGUUGUACCCCCAUUCUGCCCCCCCCCCCCCCAGACACGGUAUAACACCGGCGCUCAGCCAAUCGCAGACACAUCCUCAAAAUGAUCUCCACCUGACCCUCCAUCUCUGCAUCAUAGCUGAGAAAACUGUGAAUCCCCCAUUUCCUCCCCCCAUAUCCCCCCCCCUGGUUUUCUCCACGUUCAUUUUGAAUGCAUGAAGGGUGAUUUUCUGCAUUUGCUGCUUUUGUUCUAACAAAUGAUCUGUUUCAUUUCCCCUCCCGCUCUCCGUUAGUCACUCCCUCCUCCUGUGAUUGUGCAGAAUGGGGUUAUAACAGUAGUGUGAGUGUGUGUGUGUGUGAGUGUGUGUGUGUGUUGUAGUUUUCAACAACACUGAUUCUCCAUUGCUAAUAAAUGGUUAGGGCGAGGCGAGCAGCGCUAGCAUGGUACUACAUUGUAAACUGUAUAAUGCAAGCUUUUUUUUGCGGACGAUGUUCCUUUAAAUGAAGUAAGUGAAAAAGGUCAUGGUUACCUGUCUCCCCCCCACUCCCCCCCCCCAAAAAAACCCAAAGCUCAAUAUUUAACCCCCCGUUUCUCUAUCAGGGAAAUGGAAGAUAUCGGCGUGUUUUAUAAGACAUCAGAUUCAGUGGUUUAUUUAAAUGUUGAGAUAAUCUUAUAUUCUAAGAAGAGGGAAAGCGAGUAUAAUAAUUUAACACUUCUCUUCGAGGCCUUUUUCAUUCUGUAAGACAUGAGGAAACGCCUCGGUGACGAACUCGGAGGCCUUGAAACGGUUCCACUGGUUUGCAGAACACAUGUCGAAGCGGUGAAGAAAGGAGGUUUCCACGUACCGUCAAAUGUAUCUAAUGUGACAGAUUAUGCAGACUUGUUGAGCGAGUAUAUCUAUAUAGAAUUUACAAUUUGAUGUGUUUUUAUUUUUUGAAAACAUCCAAGAACAAGAACCUGUUGUCGAGCCCCCCCCCCCCCCCCCAUCCCAAAACACCCUGGAACAUUUGUGUUGUUUCUUUUCUUUAUUUGUGUUUCAAACUACAGUUGGUGUUCAUUAAAGUGAAAAAGGAUUAUAAAACAAACUAAAUGAUGUGAAAUUAGUGCAAGUUGAUUUUAAUGAGCGAGGUGAGAGCGCAGGCCUGGAAAGCAGAUCUGUAAUUUAUUUUGUAUGAUCUCACACCGGGAGGAGAUGAUCACAAAUGGAUGAAGCAGCACUGAAACUGAUGAAUAACCUGUACAUAUAUAACACCUAAUGGAAAAUAAAAUUGGUUGCAGAAUGACGUAGAUGAUUACCGAGAGAAAA